AUGCCUCUGCAACUUCUACGUAUGGAAGCGGCUUCGAAGCUUCCCGGGCGCUUCAGCCGGGGACCGGCUACUGGUCUAGCGCUGGAGAUCACGCAACUGACGAACAAGGUAGACGCUCGCAAACAUGAAAUAUCUGCAUCUCCCACGGCUUUCUUCCCCUCAGUCUCAUGGAGUGGUACCCUCGAGGUCCCCGGAAAGCUCAAAGGUGUCCGGAUCCGCUGGGAAUAUGCACCUCAGGUUUGCACUGAAUUCUUAUUUGUUGAAGGGGGGAAAGUGAACAAAGAGGGCUCGCGGGUAGUCCUGAGUCCGUGUGAAGACGCGAUAGCCCUGGGGGACGGCCGGGAGCUGUGGCUCACAAAUCCGCAGGGGCAAAUUGUGAGCGCCCGCAGCCAGCCGCCGCAGUGCCUGGUGCUGCAGGGCGGCGACACAACAGGCAAGUGGCGCUGGAGAAGCAGAUUCGAACUUGUUGCAAAUUUCAAAUUGAACUUCAGACGGAGGAACUGUCUCCCUCUCCAAGUGCUCGCGAGCCCUCGAGGAAGGCGACGGCCGCUCCUCCUGGGCCUUCCAGGCCAACUCCCAGCUGCGCCUCGCCAAGGGGGGGUCUUGGUGCAUGACUCAGAAGAAUUUGUACGGCUCGCCGCGGCGCGAAUUGAAUGGGAACAGCCAGCCCUCGCCUACACCAUUCAAGCCAGCGUCGACGGCGCUGCCUACAUGUGA